AUGUCUGUCGACACCAUAUCUCACUCACUCGCCCACACAACCCUCUCCGAUGCCAAGGGACCCUCAUUCGCUUCCUGCGCUACGAGCCACGAGAAGAGCCUAUUCAUGCAAGCCUACGACGAAGCAUGCAAGAAGGCAUUAGACGAGUUUGACGAAGAGAAACGUCUGGAUCUCGAGGAAGUCCUGGAGAUGCUGAAAGAAUACGCCGAUUUGAAGGAAAGAGAGAGGACCAAGCAGGUCAUAGAGGAGCAGAUUGCUGAGGACAAGGCGGAGCUCGUUGAGUCUCUGGAACAAAACCGUCUUCACAUUUUACGCACUGGUGGGUUCCCUUAUUUUGUCCAAUUGAAGAUAAAUCUCUGA